AUGACAUCAGUUUUACAAUUCAUUCCAUUCUCAUCUUCAAUCGAUCCAACUUUUUGGCAUACAUUAACGAAAUUAAAAAUUGAUGUAUUAAAAUUAGGAGAUCAACCGAUUCCUAUCAAAGGGAUAUAUGAAAGAGGUAGAUGGGUAAAAGAUAAAGAACAUCAUCUUGGAAAAGAAAUUGGAUUAGGUGGUGAGAUUAGAUUGGAUGGGAAAUCAUUUGAUUUGGAAAUAUCGGAGUCUAGUCUUUCAACUUUGAAUGAUAGAGUGACUAUGUUUGGUGUCUUGAAGAAUUUUAAUACGAUUGAAGAAUUUAAAGCUUGUGAUAAACAAUCACUUUUUAAUCAAUAUGCAGAUGAAAUGUGGAAUUCAUUAGGACAAGUCGAAAGUUUUCAAACCAAAUCACCUACAUUUUUAGUCAUAACUUUUUCAGAUUUAAAAAAAUAUAAAUAUUUUUAUUGGUUUGCAUAUCCAGCUUUCAUAGCAAAACCAUCUUGGAUGAAUGUAGGAAAUCAAGGAGUUUGGUCAGAUUUCAAUUCAAAUGAAACACAUGAGAUUCAAAAUCUUUUAAAUCAAUCGAAUUCAUUUGAUUUAGAAAUUUUUAAGGGAAAUUGGAUUGGGAAAAAGUUGAAUGGGAAAUGGGUUUUGGAUUCUACUCGAUCUUGGCACAAGUUUUUUGAAGGAGUUUUACCAAUAGAUCGUUACCUUUUCUUUAUUGAUCCUUCUGCUCAUCCUCAAGCUGUUGGUUGGCCACUCCGAAACUUAUUAGCUGAACUCAACAAACUACAUGGUUCAGAUGCUCGUCAUUUUCAAGUGGUUGCUUUUAGAGAUCCGUUAACUUCAAAGCCAAAUAUGACGGUGACCAGAAGUUUGAUAACUACGAUCGAAUUACCUGAUCAAGAACCUCAAUCUACUGGAAGGCCAAGUGCAAUCGGAUGGGAAAAAAACUCGGCUGGUAAACUUGGUCCUAAGAUGGCAGAUCUAGGACCGAUGAUGGAUCCAACAAGACUCGCUGAUCAAGCUGUAGACUUGAAUUUGAAAUUGAUGAGAUGGAGAAUCCUACCGGAUUUGAAUUUGGAUAAGAUUGCUUCGGCUCGAUGUUUACUGUUAGGAGCUGGAACGUUGGGAUGUUAUGUGGCACGUACAUUGAUGGCAUGGGGAGUACGAAAGAUCACUUUUGUAGAUUCUUCGACUGUUUCAUUUUCCAAUCCAGUUCGACAACCAUUGUUUGAAUUUAAUGAUUGUCUUGAAGGAGGAAAACCUAAAGCAGCUUGCGCUGCAGCUUCACUCAAAAGGAUUUAUCCAGGUGUGGAUGCCACAGGAAUCCAAAUGUCAAUUCCUAUGCCUGGUCAUCCAAUCCCGGCUCAUUUAGUCGAUCAAGUUCAAAAAGAUGUGAAACGAUUAGAAGAUUUGUUUGAUGAACAUGAUGUGAUUUAUCUUUUGAUGGAUUCGCGUGAAAGUCGAUGGUUACCCACUGUCUUAGGAGCAAGUAAACGAAAAUUGGUCAUGAAUGCUGCACUUGGAUUUGAUUCUUAUUUGGUGAUGAGACAUGGUGUAAGGUCUUCAAAGAAUAAGACUUUAUCUGGAUCCGAUUCAUUGGGUUCUUCAACUUCACCUGCCAUCCAACAAUUAGGUUGUUACUUUUGUAAUGAUAUCGUGGCUCCUACAGAUUCUUUAACUGAUCGAACUUUGGAUCAAAUGUGUACGGUCACUCGACCUGGAUUGGCUGCGAUUGCUAGUGCAACAGUAGUAGAAGUGAUGGCAUCAGUUUUACAACAUCCAGAUGGACCAGAAGCUAUGAGUGAAGUACCAAAUUUAAAAAAAGAUGAACCGAAUCAAGAAACAGUGAAGGAAAAAAAAGAGGUAUCUUCUUCUGUAUUGGGUGAUGUACCACAUCAGAUUAGAGGAUUUCUUUCAAAGUUUGAAAGUAUGAAAUUAGUUGGACCUGCUUAUGAGAAAUGUACAGGUUGUAGUGAAUCAGUUGUAAAAGCUUAUGAAUCAAAAGGAUUUGAAAUGAUCAAAGAAGUUUUAAAUGAAGUGAAAUAUUUAGAAAAACUUACAGGAUUAGAUUUGCUUUAUGAUGAAAGUGAAGCUAUGAUGGAAAAAGUAGAUUGGGAUGAAGAUGAUGAUGAAUUAUGAUGGAUUGAUUGAUUGAUUUUUUUUCAAGAAGCGGAAAAAGGUUUUAAAAUUUUUUGGAUCUUUAUAUAUGAUGAAAUUAAAUGAAAUCAAAUGAAAUGAAAACUUGUUGGAAACAUAUAAGAUAUGAAAUGAUGUGAAUUGGUUUUUUCUUUGGUAUGGGUUUGGUUUGAGUUGAUUUUCUUUUAGUUUUUUUUUCUUUCUUGGAAUUGGUGUUUAGAAGGAAGGACAAGAUAGAUGUUUAUCAUUAGGUUAUAUUGGUUUGUGUUAUUCGAAAUUGAUUGGUUUGAAAAGAUUAGGUUUAUGAUUAUGUCACCAAAGAUAGGCUUACCUUUUCU